AUGGACCCGACGCUUCUCAUAGGUGAUAUCGUGGAAAGGGAUACCCUGGAAAAAAAGCCCGUCGUGUUUCCUACCCCUCCUCUGACCUCGACAGGGUUUCCGCAACAUAAGAAGCGAUGGAGAACGUCCGCAUUCAGGCAGCAGCGGUCCGAGACUGGUGGCAAAGGCACGGCGUUGCCCUCAGACCAGUCACGGGGAAAUUCAUCGCCUGGGGCUCGGAGAAGCCAAACUCAGUUUCCUGGCUUCGAUGACAUGGAAAGAAUGCGAAUCGAUCAAGAAAAUAGGCAAAAACUAGCCAGCAUGACUCCUCAAGAAAUAGCCCAGGCCCAGGAUGAUAUCAUGACUGGCUUCAACCCCGCCUUGAUACAGCGACUGCUCCAGCGUGCAAACAUUGACGAGCCAUCGCCUUCGCCUUUCGAUAAUCCUCAGCAAGGCGCCGACCGAGAAGCCCCAGAAUCCCAAGAAUCUUCCGCGCCGCAAUCAAAUCCAGCACAAUCCACACUUUCCCGGUCGGCACAGGAAUCGGUUCAAGGACUUUCCGAGUCUACGCAUCCGAAAACGCCCCUGGGAAUAAAUGCGGCGACCAGUGGAGGCUCCGGACAUACGAAGACGGUAGACGAUUACGACGAGGAUUCGGCUCCAGCGCAGAUUCCGCCGGAACUGUUUCCCAUCACUGACCAGCCCAGAUCUAUCCACUUCCCUGCGGCGCCGAACCUCCCGGAUCUGGAUCCUUCAGAUCCCAACUUCCUGGCGGCUCUGCACGAGAAAUACUUUCCGAAUUUGCCCGCUGACCCUAGUAAACUUGCUUGGAUGGCUCCAGUGCCGAGUACGGACAGCCCUGCCGACCAAGACUCACCCUACUAUCCUCAUCCUGAGAUAUCUGUUUCCGCUCUUCGAUUCGACUUUCGGGGGCGUUUUCUCUCUCCUAGAGUCAGUCGUUCCAUCCCGUCCACCAAGGGACUUCAUCAUCAUGGAGAAGCGCCUGAAGCAGCUGGGUAUACAGUCGCAGAACUGGCACGCUUGGCCCGGAGUGCCGUCCCAGCGCAGAGAUGCAUGGCUUAUCAAACUCUUGGGAGGAUCUUAUUCCGUCUUGGCCAAGGUGAGUGGGGGAAAACAGAGAAUGACCCCAUCGCGACUGGUAUUUGGGCGGCUGUAAAGAAAGGCAGAGUAUUGGAAAGCUUGAUGGAGGCAGCGGCAGGAGAAGGUGGUCACCGCGGUAGCAGGGCGUACGCAACCGAAGCGCUGUGGUUGUUUGAGAAGGGUGGGUGGAAAGAAACGUUCAAGGUGGAGGCAUGCCACGCUCCUACUGAGUGGAAGGAACAUGGCAUGGGAUCCAAGAAGCAGGGCGCAUGA